AUGUCAUCCCCGACCGCUGCAAAACGCGCAGAUUUACAUGCUGAUGACGGGACUCAGAAAAAACGACGGAAGGGAGCUACAAGAUUGUCCUGUGCAGAGUGUAGAAGAUUGAAGCUACGCUGCGAUCGCUCGAUACCUUGCAGCUCUUGUGUAAAGCGAGGUUGUGGAGCUAUUUGUCCAGACGGAUCGUUGACGACGGGCCAAGGAAAUCGAUUCGUUCUCGCCUCUACUCAAGAGCUGCACGAAAAGAUAUCUGAAUUGGCUAACCGUGUCCGUGAGCUCGAAGAUGCCCUGCGCUCUUCUCACAGCAGACUUUCUUCGGAUCAACAUCCUCUCCUUUCAGAAGAGCUCUUGCGGAUCAAGGCUCCCCUUCAAAGGGAGCCGCCUUCUAUGCGGAAUACUGAUAACUCAUCGCAGAAGGAAGAAGAAAACAACCCUGACGUCGUAGAUGCUUUCGGUUCAUUGUCGCUGAGUUUAUCUGGUCGUGCCAAAUAUUACGGCCAAACUGCGAAUUCUUGGUAUUUUUUGCAGAACGAAGAUGGUGACGAAGACGAAUAUGAAGAUCAUAUGCUCAAUCUUCAGAACAUCCUCCCACCGGAAAUUCUGGCUCGUGCCGCAUCCUUUCCUAUAUCCGCCGUUCCCCACCCGUUACACGAAGAUUCCACAAGUAUUCAAAACCUAUUUUGGUACUUACCGCCUGCGGAUAAAGCCGCUGAACUGCGUUCAAUAUAUUACACGAACGCUGCAUGGAUGUACAACCCCAUCCCCCAAGAGUCGUUUGACUUCGAGGUCUACCAUCAGUUUUACGAUACUAGCAAUUUGCCCUCGGCGGACGACCCUCUUCUUCCCCAUCGACUGUCCCUUAUGUUCAUGAUUCUCGCCAUCGGUACUUUGAUGGAUACUUCUCUACCGGCAUAUAAUAUCGAGGCCGAGAAAUACCACCAACUCGCCAAAGCCGCCCUAUUCCGUGAUUCAUUCGUCGAUUCCCCAACAAUCAAUGCCGUACAAGCCUUGUAUCUGAUGACCUUUUACCUAUUCUUGUCUGAUAGGAAUGGCGCUGGAUCAGGUACUCGAUGGGCCCUUAUGGGUAUGGCGGUCAAGGUCGCACAAAAUCGGGAUAGCGGUCGAUGGAAAGGAAUCGACCCUCACGAAACCCAACGCCGGCGAGAACUUUUCUGGGAGAUGUUCACGUACGAUUCGUGGCAAUGUUUCACGCUCGGACGACCGGCAUCCUUCACAUCAGCGCAUUUCGAUUGUAAAAUGCCCCACGGGAACGAUCCUUCUGACGAACAAAGUUACCAUGCUUGGAAGCAUAGAUUCUCUUCGGAAUGCAUGAACCUUCUGCACGAUCAAGCAUUUGGGGCUAAGACCCCCACUUAUGCCACCAUCCUCCAACUAGACCGUAAACUGCGUGCAUUCCCCGUACCGCCGGUUCUUCAGGUAGCCGGCUUUGGCAGCUCUGAGCCCCGACCAGGAGGAUUCCCUCAGACGAUCAUGUUAACACUGCAACGCCACGUCGUCCUCGCAAUCAGAGAAAUGAAUUUAUUGUACCUCCAUCGCAGCUUCUUUGCUCGAGCCAUCAGUGACCAUCCAAAGGACCCGCUUGGUAGUCCGUACGGAACAUCAGUCAUUGCCGCAUAUCGUAGCGCGGGGUCUUUGGUGGCCCUUAUGCGCAAUCUCCAUACGCAACUCCAAGAACCCAGCGAAAGAAUCUGGUUCCUGUGGGGUCACAUGUUUUCUUGCGCGAUUGUUUUGGGAUCCAUCGUUACUCGUUGCCCGUCCAUGAGUCUGGCGCCAUCUGCACUCGUACAACUCGAUUCGGCUUGUGAGCUGUUCUCCAAGACUGCUCGAGGUUUCCGGGCGGGCAAAGUUUUGGCGAUCAUGCUUCGUUUGCAGGAAAAGGCCCACAUGAGUCUUGAUGACUUCCGAAAAGGAAAAGGUUCUCCCACCGGCCGUUAUUCUGUCCAAGAUCCUCAGUCACCAGUUGAUGAAGACGACGAGUUGGCGAUGUUGGGCGGAAAGUCGCGUCUCGUGAAGAAGGAACCCUCUUCUCCACCCCUCCUCGAGCGCUCUCCGAAUUCACAUGCUCCUGUUGUACCUCUCCCGCUACCUCCCACCACCGAUAUGGACUCUAAUAUGUUAGCGUAUCUUGGAUCCUUCGGAACCAAUCACCAGCCAGCGCCUCUGUCGUCAACCUCGUCCCACACCUCAUUUUCGGAUCCGGACAUAUCCCCUGUGUCCAUGUAUGGCUUGUCGUCAGUCCCUUCGGCGUCCACCUUCCAGUCGGAUCCAUCAUUCCUCUCCCAGUCACAGUCCAUGCUCCAAAAUCACCACCAACAACAGCAGCAGACUUCGUCCCCCACUCAUGCUACGCAUCGCCAGAAUGGUAGUAUGAGCAACGGACAUUCACAAACCCUGAAUGGUUUCCCGCAAUACUUCCCUGUGUACGACUAUGGUAUGGAGAACGGAAUCAACGGGUACGGAUCGGCGCCUAUGUUGGACAACAAUCCUCGGCCAGGGCAGCGUAGAUCAAGCUCCGGGUCUCCAGAGGCCAAUACGUUGCACACGACUUGGAAUGACUUUGUGGAGAUGGCUAUGAACUAG